GUCAUUCGGUAUUUUUCAGCCGCCGACAACAUGUUUGGCUGGUGCUGUCUCUGUCUCUGUCUAAUCGGCGGCUCAUGAAUGUACAUACUCAGAGAAGAGCAACGACGCUGGUGAUGUUUAUGAAGAGAAGAGGAAAAAGAAAGAGUAGCGUGUCACUCUCGGUUGGUGUUCUCUGUCUGGCCUGUUGCUGUCUCGCUCUGGGGUGAAGCUGGGGUGAACAGGAGCCAGCGAGGCACGUGGUAAGUAUGCUUAUAGCGCGCGUGGCGGCAGCUGUUUUUCAGGUGCUCUCCGGUGGGAACACAGUGCUGGACUCGGUUCCCACGCUCACUACACCUGGCUCGCCUAUAAAAGCCCCCUCCACGGCGACAAGCCCUCAUUCCACAUCCAACCGUCGACGCGUACAGUUGUCCUCUGUGCUCUGUGCUCUCCUAACAGUUCGCUUGUUGUGUUCGCUCUGUGCCUUCAACGUGUUCAGUUUGUUAGAUACUCAGUUUUGUGUGACUUGUGUUAAUAUUUAUACAUAUACAAAAUGUCUUCUGAAAUGGAACAACUUCAACCCAUCUCAAGGACUUACCAAUACAGAAAGGUGAUGAAGCCAAUGCUUGAACGGAAGCGACGCGCCCGCAUCAACCGCUGCCUGGACGAGCUGAAGGAGCUGAUGGUGUCAGCACUGCAGGCCGAGGGAGAGAACGUCAGCAAGCUGGAGAAGGCUGACAUCCUCGAGCUCACCGUCAGGCACCUGCACAAGCUGCGCAAGCAGCAGCGGCUGUCAAUCAGCCCCGUCACCGAGGCCGACCGCUUCCGCGCCGGAUUCACGCACUGUGCCACUGAGGUGUCUCGCUGCCUGGCCGCCACACCCGGCGUCGACGUCCACCUCGGCACCAAGCUGAUGACCCACCUUGGCCACCGCCUCAAUGACAUGGACCGCCUCUCGCCGCUCUCGGUCCGCGUCCAGGAGUCGUCCGCCCCCCCUUCCCCAGCGUCACCAGCAUCCACAGCCUCCUACACCAUGCCGCUGACCCCCGCCUCCUCGUCCUCCUCCAGCCACGACUCAGAUUACCUGCCUGAGAGCACUCAUCAUCAGUUACAGCAGCAUUCCGGACUCCUUCUCAAGGUCGCCGAUGACAUGCACAGCAAAUCCACGAAAAUCUCUGAGCCAGUCUGGAGGCCGUGGUAGAUCCCCUCUCAACAAGUGCACAUCUCAUCGCCCCCGUCUUUCACUCGAGAAUCUCAUAGUUUUAGAAUAUUUAGCUUUCAACAUAUUUCUCUUUCAAAGUGAAAAUUUAUUAUGUUACACCAGAGCAUUGUUCUGAAAAAACAACACUUUAGCUUUGAAAAAUAUUCUUAAGAGAAAUUUAUACUCAUCUGUAUUCAAGGAGUAGCUAUAUUUUAUCGACAUAAUAUGAAUAAUAAAAAAUUCAUUAAUAAUUUUGAUCUCCCCAUUUGAUAUGAUAGAUCAUAUUAAUAUUUCUAUGUAAAUUAUCCCAAUAUUGAUUUUCACUUUAAAACAGUACGGUACAUACAGUAAUUUACUCUAUGGGUAAACCAUAAUUACAUUCCUAAUAAUCUAGAAUUUUUUUUAAUUCAAAAAUUGAUUUGUAUAACUUCUCCCUUUAAUUGUAUGUACUUUACUCUGCUUCAAUUAUUUACACUGUGUUCACAUUGCUCAGUAAAAUACUUAUUAGUUGCAUAUUUUUAUUGGUUAUGUUUCUCUCAUUCUAAGAUAAAUUCAAUAGUUAUUUAACAUUUUUAUUUUAUAAUCAUAGUAGUUUGCCUGUUGAAAUCCAUGUUGUUUUGAUCAAUAUCAAUAUUGAAAACCUUUUCAAGUAACAAUCAAUUAUUGACAAAGUUAUUGUUCUUUUAAUUACGAAAUUUGUUGUAAAAUUAUUGAUUACUCAAUUAGUUCAAUCUUAUUUGUAUACAGAAAUGUAACUUUAUAAUGUUUGUAAAUAUUUGAUGAUGUUUUCUCAAUUUUGAUUUUUGUUAUUCGAAUAGAUUUUAAAGUUGCAAUUGAUUAUUCGAAAUAUUUCUGAAUCGAAACUAGUUAUCAACAGCUCAGAUGAUUUUUGCACUUCUAUGUUAUCUAAUGCCCUUUAAGUAGUUUUUUCAAUUAUCUUGUAGUUAAUGUUGUGUUAAUCUUUGCAUUCUCUGUUCCACAUUUUCAAUCCAAUUUCUUCUUGUUUAGAUGUUAACUUUAAUGUUGGGAUUUUUUCAUUCAAUUAUUGAUAGGAUAGAUAGAUGAUUUUAUGUGAUAGACUGAUAACUGUGAUAAAUUAUUAUUGUAGACUUGUACCUAUUUUUAAGAUGUUUAUGAAAGAUAUUCUAGACACAAAGAUGUAUUGCAAGUUAAAACUGUGAUACAAUAAAAUUUCUAUUGAAUUUUGAACCUUAAAAA